AUGUUUUGGACUUGUAACCGACGACUUGGAUGGAUCUAUCGGGCCCAAUGAGCGCAUUCACGGCCCAAUAAGGUAUCCUUGGAGAGAGGCCAUCUUAUCCUUGCGAGUUGCGAACCAUCUCUGAGUUCGCUAAACCCCUCGGAAAACCUCGACUCCCUUCUGGCGAUGGCGCUGCUCUCCGCCUCGUUCCUUCCUCUCUCCGCCGCUCGACGCGCUCGCUUGCACGCCUCCAGACCCGAACCUUCCUUCGGCGCAUCCUACGGGUGGGGAUUCUCGCGGAGGAACCCUGCCGCCAUUUGCGCCAAGGCGAUCUCCCUACGCUUGGCCGAGGACGUCGAGACCGUCAACAUCGCCGAUGAUGUCACCCAGUUAAUUGGGAACACACCUAUGGUUUUUCUCAACAAAGUCGUUGAAGGUUGUGUUGCUAACAUUGCUGCCAAGCUCGAAUCCAUGGAACCUUGCCGUAGUGUCAAGGACAGAAUUGGAUGUGGCAUGAUAAAUGAUGCUGAAGAAAAGGGGUUAAUCUUUCCAAAGAAGACUAUUUUAGUUGAACCAACAAGUGGAAAUACUGGGGUUGGUAUUGCAUUUGCAGCUGCUGCAAGAGGAUACAAACUAAUAGUAACUAUGCCUGCAUCAAUAAAUUUGGAAAGACGUGUACUUCUUCGUGCCCUUGGAGCAGAGAUUGUUUUAACAAAUCCAGCUAAGGGAAUUAAAGGAGCUGUGGACAAAGCUGAAGAAAUAGUUAGCAAAACACCUAAUGCAUACAUGUUUCAGCAGUUUGACAAUCCAGCUAAUACCAAGAUCCACUUUGAAACCACAGGCCCAGAGAUAUGGGAGGACACCAUGGGUGGUGUUGACAUAUUUAUUGCGAGCAUUGGUACUGGAGGUACCAUAACAGGUGCAGGGAGUUAUCUGAAAAUGAUGAACAAGGAUAUCAAGGUUAUUGGAGUAGAACCUGCUGAAACCAGUGUUAUUUCUGGAGAUAAUCCAGGUUACAUACCAAGCAUCCUGGACGUCAAGUUACUUGACGAGGUUAUAAAGAUUACCACUGCAGAGGCCAUCGAUACUGCAAGGGCGCUGGCACUAGAGGAAGGUUUACUGUCGAUUUUUAGGUUGGUAUAUCUUCAGGAGCUGCUGCUGCUGCUGCAAUACAUGUAGCUAAGAGACCUGAAAAUGCAGGCAAGCUAAUUGCGGUUGUUUUCCCAAGCUUCGGCGAAAGAUACAUUUCCACUGUUCUUUUCCAUUCGAUACAUGAGGAAGUCAGGAAGAUGCGGAAGAAGUGAUAUUUGCUCUCCUGGAGGAGCCAUAACUUCACCAUCUCACACAAGCAAUUGAAGUUUCAGCCAUGCCUUAACGCUGCAAAUGAUGUAGAAGAUCAGCCUCAUGCCAAUGAAAUUGAUUAUUGGCGCGGCCAAAGCUGACAGUGCCUCAAUUGUACAAUUCUAAAGAAGAGGGAUUUAUGAUCGAAGCUUUAGGUUUUAGUACCUGCAACCGUUACCUGAUACUCGGUUAUAAUCUUCCAAGUGUUGCACAACAUUUUCAUGCAUCACUCUUGUCCAAUCGAUAUUGCACUCAAACUAUUCUGCCUACGAACAAAUGCA